GAGCUCAACCUUGAAAAUUAGAUUCGUUUAUUCGAAAUGGGGUCGAGGACAUGGGGCCGCGUUGCUAUGGUAAUGAUCGAUGCUUCAAGUAAACUUUUUUCUGCUUCUCAGUUUGUUGCAGGAUUACCUCGAGCUUAAAUAACGAGUUUUCUUUUAUAUCGUAUUUAAAUGGUGAAAAUUAAAUAGCCUGGCUAUACCUUCAGAGAUUAUUAAGAUUUUUCCACUUCAUGAUGGAUUGGCCAAGUUCUCGGGUAGCCCGAGGGGGAAUUUUCCAUACUCCGAAAUCAAAAUACACCAAAGAAACGCAGGACUUGAUUAAAGUUCUGAUGGAAGAAGCCAAGUUGACGAUCCUUCAGCGGAACAAGAUAAACUACCAUCUGCGAACCGGGGAACCUUUGCCAGCACCGAAGGAGCACAAGUUUGAACAGGAUUACAAUAAUUUUUUGCCUAUGGCAAUAACGCGAAAUAACAUUAAAAAGAGAUCUUUGUCUACUAUUAUCGAAAGUGGAGCAUUCGAUGUAGAAAAAUACGCAUCGAAAGAACAAAAAGAACCGAUAGAAAAAUCUAAACUAAAGCUCCAAGAAAGGAUGGCUGGUUGUAAGAUUUAUACCGAUGAUGGACGAAAACGAAGACAGCGUCGACAAAGCGACGAUGAAGUGGACUUUAUCGAACCGGAUCGGGAAGCAGAAUUGCUGGAUGAAAUCAACGAACGGGUAGAAUGGCUGACUGAAAUGGAAGCUUUGGGUGAGGGCAAGAAACAUCGUCAAGUGAUUCAUUCCCAAAUUGCUGAUCGACUAAACGAGAUUAAACGCUUACAGAAAUCUUCAAAAACACCUAUGGAACAAUGUUUGAACUAAAAUAUAAAUGUGUUUCGAAUUGGUACAUGUGGUACAGUUUGGUUCGACUUUGAAUGGAUUUAAUAAAUUCAAAAAAUAAA